UGCGUGGCAUUAUGGGGAUCAUCCGUGAAGGAUUAUCCACAUACUUUGUUCCUGCAAACUCGAUAACAAAAUCCAACACUGAACCAUUAGCAUGGCGGCGCAUCCUCCAUAGCAAUUCAGAUAACCCCGUUUGAAAUGGAAGUACCAAAAAUAUGAUCAGUAGAAAAUAAAACCAACUUUGAAGAAACGAACAUAAAAAAGAAAUGAUAAUACAGGCUCAAAGUCACUGUGUCUCACUCUGCUUGGCUCAUGGCUACUCCACCCACCACUCCCAUCCUCACUUCACACUAGUUCUGGCACCACCCAGGUUUCCAUCACUGCCCACAAUGCCCACCACUACUCGCAACCGAAACUCCCUCAGAAGAACAAGAAGAAGAAACGACGCCGCUUCAUGGCGUCGUUCUGCUGCGGCGUCUGACUCUAUACCGCCACCACCCGAUCCUCCGACCCCGGAAAAGCAAAGAGAGGGUUCGGAUUUGCAGACGCUGCUCCGGAGAUUCUGGAAGGUGGCGGCGCCGUACUGGUCCUCCGACGACAAAGUCCAGGCCAGGAUGCAGCUGGGAGGAGUCUUCCUUCUCACUCUCGCCACCACCGGAAUCAGCGUCGGCUUCAAUUUUCUGGGCCGGGACUUCUACAAUGCCCUUGCCAAUAAGGACCAGGAGCAAUUCACGAAGCAACUGCUUUACUACCUGGGUGCCUUUGCUGGUGGAAUUCCGAUUUUUGUGUUGCGGGAUUAUGCAAGAGAAACUCUUUCUUUGAGGUGGAGAUCUUGGAUGACGCGUUAUUACAUUGACCGUUACCUGAGCAACCAAACAUUUUACAGAAUUCAAUCCCAAUCAAUCAUUGAUAAUCCAGAUCAGCGAAUUGUUGAUGAUCUAAGUUCUUUCACGGGGACAGCCCUGUCAUUCUCUUUAACACUCUUCAAUGCUGUGAUAGAUCUCAUAUCAUUCAGUAACAUCUUAUUUGGUAUCUAUCCUCCGCUGUUUGUUGUUCUUCUAGUAUAUUCGAUUGGUGGAACAGUGAUCAGUGUCUUUAUUGGAAGGGGUUUGGUGACAUUAAACUUCCUGCAAGAGAAAAAGGAAGCAGAUUUUCGUUAUGGACUUGUGCGCGUUCGAGAAAAUGCUGAAUCAAUAGCUUUCUAUAGUGGUGAAGACAAUGAAAUGCAACUUUUGCUGCAACGCUUCAAAAGUGCUUUUGAGAAUCUAACUCAAUUGUUGAUAGCUUCAAGAAAUCUUGAGUUUUUCACCAGUGGAUACCGCUAUCUUAUUCAAAUUCUUCCUGCUGCUGUCGUUGCUCCUAUGUACUUCUCUGGGAAAAUUGAGUUUGGUGUCAUUAAUCAGUCAGUAUCUGCUUUUAAUCAUAUCCUGGGGGACUUCUCCCUUAUCGUGUACCAAUUUCAGUCUAUAAGCGCAUUUUCAGCAGUAAUUGAUCGACUUGGUGAAUUUGAUGAUUAUUUGGAUAUUUGCUCUCAACGCCAUUCUGACCCUGCAGAAGGGAUAAGUCUUACAUAUAGUAAUGUUAAAACUUUAGCUGAACUGGAGCCAAAUGGAUCCAUACCCAUAGAUAAGCAACAAAAGCUACUGGAUGUAGAGAAUUUGACUGUGAAAACACCAAGUAACACUACACUGGUCAGGGAUUUGUCAUUGAUAAUCAACAACAACGAGAAUCUAUUGGUGACCGGACCUAGCGGGAGUGGUAAGACUUCUUUGUUAAGAACUUUGGCUGGUCUUUGGAGUGCUGGAAAAGGAAAAAUCACAUUCUAUGUGGAAGAUGAAGAAGAGCUUCUACCAUCCAAUUCUCCAGGUGUAGUUCCUCUCGAUACUGCUAAUGAUAAAUCUGGGGAACUUGAAAGACCCUCAAAUAGGAAUUAUAAGGGCAUAUUUUUCCUUCCUCAAAGACCGUAUAUGGUUCUGGGAACACUUCGUCAGCAAUUGCUGUAUCCUACAUGGGCUAAUGAUGAGGCUUCCACAUUAGACGCUACUAAACCAACUGGUUCUCUGCCUUUCUUGUUGCAGGCCCCAAACUCACAGCAUAAGAGUGCAAAGCCUAAACCCACAACGGAGGAUAUGAUACAGGUUUUGGAGGAUGUCCGGCUUGGCUAUAUAUUAUCCCGAUUCAGUAAUUUGGAUUGUACUUAUGAAUGGUCUAGUGUCCUCUCCCUUGGAGAGCAGCAACGCCUUGCUUUUGCACGACUGUUGCUUUCGAAACCAAAGUUGGUUCUUUUAGAUGAAUCUACCAGUGCUUUAGACGAAGCCAACGAGGCUCAUCUAUACAAGCAGAUAGAAAAAGCAGGCAUCACCUAUAUUAGCAUUGGCCACCGGCGGACUCUAUAUCAGUACCACAACAAGAACUUGCGUAUAUCCACAGUCGAUCCGACCAAUGCCCAACAGAAUUGGCUCAUUGAACCCAUCAAUCAAGACAAUUUGUAUAAUCUGUCAAAUCUAUAGUUAUAGCUGCUUUUACAUUGACCUGGCUUACUCUAGGUCACUUGUUUUUUGUUGCAGAAUGUUAACACCCUAUUUUGGAAUGUAAUUCAGAACAGCAUGUAAUAAUAUCCCUGUUAGAUGGCCUUUCUUCGCACUGUU